AUCUAUGCUGCGUCUCUAUAAAUAAACUAGCGGCCAGCGGGUCUGGGUAGAAUUUUAAACUCUAAUGUGAGGUUUUAUUUUGUGUUUUAAUUUCGGUCGCGGUUUCUUUUAAUUAUUUUUUUUCUAUACGUGUGUUUUGUUUACAUUAGGCGUUGGAAUUAUAGUCUUGUUUUUACAAAUCCGGUACUUUCUUUUGUGGCCGAGUUAAAGGACGCGCUUACAGACAUGCUUCCUGAAAGUCAGACUGGGUACAGUUAUGAGGAUUGCAGGGCUACAGCUGACUGGCUGUUGGCUCAGACUGCAGUGCGCCCACUGGUGGGCAUCGUUUGUGGCUCCGGUCUGGGCGGCUUGGCUGACAUGCUGAAAGAUCAGGUGAUCUUCAACUACAAAGACAUUCCCAACUUCCCCCAAAGUACAGUGCAUGGACACGCUGGACGACUUGUAUUUGGGACUCUGAAAGGAAGACCAUGUGUCUGCAUGCAAGGCCGCUUCCAUCUCUAUGAGGGAUACCCCAUCCAGAAGAUCACUCUGCCCAUGCGGAUAUUUAAGCUGCUCGGUGUAGAGACUGUGAUCCUGACCAAUGCUGCCGGAGGCCUCAAUCAGGACUACAAGGUGGGAGACAUCAUGAUCAUCAAAGACCAUCUGAACAUGCCUGGAUUCGCCGGCAACAAUCCGCUGAUAGGACCCAAUGACGACAGGUUUGGUGUGCGUUUUCCCUGCAUGUCUGACGCGUAUGAUCGUGAGCUGCAGCAGCUGGCCAUGGACGUGGGCAUUGAGUUGGGUUACGGUGAUUUCCUCAGGGAGGGGGUCUAUUGUGUGCUUGGGGGACCCUCGUUCGAGACCAUCGCUGAGUGUCGCAUGCUGCACAAACUGGGAGCUGAUGCUGUUGGAAUGAGCACGGUUCAUGAAGUGAUUGUGGCACGUCACUGUGGAAUGCGUGUCUUCGCUCUGUCGCUGAUAACCAAUCAGGCUGUGAUGGAUUACGACAGCGAGGAGAAAGCCAACCAUGAGGAAGUUCUUGAGACAGGCAAACAGAGGGCAGAACAGCUGGAGAGGCUAGUGUCCACCAUGGUCACUCGCAUUGGGUACAAUAAUUAUUCCUAAACAAAACUCGAAACUGAGACCUCCGAUCAUUAAAAAGAAAAGCUGAACUUAAACAUAUGGUCAAAUUCAGUACUGCGAAACAUUCAGUUCAUCCAAACGGUGUCUUCACACUUGUUUAGUGCCUUGCUGCAUGUUUGUGUAUUUCUUAUUUUGUGUAGGUGCAAUGUUUAAUGCAUUUCCUGUAUUUUUUUUUUUCUUCUUCCCCUUAAUUCUCCUGAAGUGCAUGGAUAUCAGUUCAUAUUUAUUAGUGAGAAUCUCUGGUCAUGUACAUUCCUUAGGAAACUCAGACUGCAGACAUGUAUGUAUUAAUGUCUUAAGCCAUUAAUCAUUAUGUAUGUCCUAAUUAUUUAAAUUCUAAGUCAACCAUUGAUUUGCUUUAUGAAAGCCCAAUGCUUUGGUCAUUUGUGGGUUUUUUUUUUAUUUAUUUUAACGGUUUAUUAAAGUUGUGUAUUUAUUACUAAAUGCUUGUCAUGUUUACUGUGUGCUUUGCAUUACACGGACCUGGCAGGAAACGAUAACCUGAGCACAGUGGGAAAUGUGGUUU